AUGGAAAAUACAAACGAUUCAUCAAUACAAUUACCUUUAAACUCUUUAGAAAUUGUCAUUAAAGAAGAAAGUAAUGAAAAAGUAACAUUUUCCGGUAAAAUCCAACAACAAAAUCGACCAUUUAAAUGUGAAUUUUGUGAACGUACAUUUCAAAGAGAAUUUCACCUAAACGAACAUAUUCGAAUUCACACUGGAAAUUUAUAUUCUUGUGAAAAUUGUCGAAAAUUCUUUAAAAGUCGAUCUGGUUUAAAACGCCAUAGUAUUCUUCAUACAAAUGAAAAACCAUUACAAUGUGACAUGUGCGAGGACAAGUUCCUUCUACGACAUGAAUUAAAACUACAUAAAAAUUUUCACCCUAAAAUCAAGCCCUUUAAAUGUGAAAUUUGCGAUAAAACCUUUGUAACUAAGUCCAUAUUGAAUACUCAUACAAAAAUUCAUACAGAUGAAAAAUCAUUUGCUUGCCGCGUAUGUAAUAAAUCAUUUUUACGUAAACAUAACUUAAUAGAACAUGAGCGUGUACAUACGGGAGAAAAACCUUAUGCAUGUACAAUUUGUAACAAAAACUUUAACACGAAAACUUGCUUGAAUGAGCAUGUAAGACGACAUUAUGGUGAAAAACCAUAUUAUUGUAAUCUUUGUGGAAAGCAUUUUAUAACGAAUUCAAUAUUAAAGGUUCAUAUGGUAACACAUAGUGGUAUAAAAGCAUACACAUGCACUGUGUGUAGUAAAUCAUUUAGUGUAAAAAGUUAUUUAAAGGCACAUGAAAAAAUACAUACCGGUGUUAAAUGUUAUCAAUGUUAUUUUUGUGAUAAACGAUUUUUACGUAAAUAUAAUUUAAUCGAACAUGAGCGUACACAUACGGGAGAAAAACCAUUUAAUUGUUGGAUAUGUGAUAAAUCGUUUAAUACUAAAACAUCGUUAAAUGAACAUCAAAAGCGUCAUUCAAAUGAUCAUAAAUCGUUUCACUGUGAUCAGUGUGAUAAGGCAUUUUUACAGAAAUCUUUAUUAAGGAAACAUGUGAAAGAAGUACAUUAA